AGUGAACAUGAGCACCUCGAGAGUGAGACUGAGAGCUACAAGGCGCCAUCACGGGCAGCGGCUGACCUGCAUCUCCAUCAACCCGCUCUUCCCGGCCUUCCCUCUAGCAGACUCCAUCUUGCUAAACGUUACCUAUCCACCUGUGGCCACUAUGGAGCUGGGCCGCGGCGUCUCCUCUGUGGUAAAAGAGGGUGAGGACGUGUACUUCAACUGUAAUGUGGAUUCCAAUCCUCCCACCUACAAGAUAUCUUGGUACAGAUUGAAGCACCACAUCCAGCCGUCUCCCGAGGACGGGGUGGUCAUCAGCGGGAACAGUUUGGCACUGCGAGGCGUCACCAGACACCAAGCUGGACCUUACGUGUGCUCCGCCUCCAACGUGGAGGGCGACAGUCAGUCUCCACCCCUCAACCUCUCCGUCAACUGGUUCAAUACACUAGGCAGCGCCACUCAUCUCUGUAAGCGAACAUCUCGUCCUAAAGACAAAUUAUUUGAUCUCAAUUUGUUGAUCCAGUAA